CAGGAGUACCAGAUGCAGCUUUUAUUUGCUGCUGCUCUAGAAUGUACUGCGACUCACGUCCUCUUUCUCCCCUUGUACCGCCGCUCCCACACGAGAAAGUUAACACUGCUGCUUUCAAACUCAGUCUGCCUAUCUUAUGUUGCUUGUGAAGGCGUUUGGACUUUUGCGUUGACGAGAGGCUCUCUGCAAGUCUGUCAGUCAAACCUGUGCUAACAGGCUCACCUACACCGCUUCAACUCGGGGGAGAUGACCGUCAGAACGUUUGGGAGACAUUCAAACAUCAAGAUGAUGGAGCAAGAAGUCCUUAAGGAGAACUGCAAAUCACACUUAUCGUCCUGCACAAUGAUCCUUAAAAACUAGAGCGGUGACGCUGUGGCACAUGAACUUUUGCGACACCGCGGAGAUAAAGGAAGCCAGAAGCAAGAGAAAAGAGGAGCUGCAAAAGAGGGGGAAUAAUUAUGAGCCUGGGCAUCAAGGGCGCACUCAUCACUGCUGCCUGACAAGAAUUAAUGGCCAUGUCUGAUUCCGACGGUGACUACCCUGGCUCAGACGCUUCCUGUCUACCAAGGACGGAGACACUUCUCCAUGUAUCGGAGCGCUUACGACUUCCCCCUCACUACCGCAGCUGAAGCUUCAACCUGUCUUCUGCUUUAUUGAUUAGAUGAUCAGAAGCUAAACGGCUGACCUUGGUUGCUCUUCAAUGUACAGCUGACCCUAUGAACGUCUACUUGGGCAUUGGUUUCUUCUGCUGCUUGUAGUGAUUCAGUUCAUGCUAUGUGAGUAGAGGCAGAGCGGUAUAAGAGUCUAGAGCAGGAAGUGGGUUUGCGGACCAAGGGGUUAUGGAGUGAUGGCAAUGUGCAGCGAAUUAGAGGAUGGAGGUGAGGUGAGGCGAGGGAGGCGGCGGGUUGAGUAGUGCUACUGCAGUUAGCAGACCGCCAUGCCUGUACUCGUGCGGCCAUGGAGAGCAGUGAAGGCGCUGCUCCUGGUGGUAGUUGCAGCAAGUCUGCUCCGAAUUGGCGACGCAUUAGGAUCCAUGAACUCCGUGGCAGUGUCAUAUGGGGGAAAUGGGCAGACAUUGUGUAGCUUACGUGCAGAUAAAGCCAAUGUGGUCUCGUGUUUCGGCAGCGAUGUCGCUUCUGUCUAUGGCGCGCCCCCACGCUUGCCGCUCGUCGGCCUCACAGGUGGCGAUGGAUUUGUGUGUGGCUUGUCCAUGGGUUCGCGGCAGCCAUACUGCUGGGGCAACAACAUUUAUGUUGAAGCGGGAGUUCCUGCCGUAGGUGACCGGCAUUAUGCGGCCUUAAGUGCAGGCGAUAACCACUUGUGCGCUCUGCGCCAAUCUGCAAGCUACGUUGCAGGCGGGCCUGCAGUGGACUGCUGGGGCUACAACAUGACCGGAUCUUUCAUCAACGCGCCUCUGCUGUCCAUCACCUCGGGGUCUUUCUUUAGUUGCGGACUCUUCGCCGCAAACUUCACUCCCGUUUGCUGGGGCGACGAGACUGGCAGUGGUGUCAUCAGCACAGCUCCGAAGGGGCUUGAAUUCAAUUCCAUCACAGCUGGGGGUUAUCAUGUCUGCGGCAUUUUGCAAAACGGCCAACGUACCUUCUGUUGGGGCCGCUCGCUGGCAUUACAAGACGGCGUGCCCAAGGGCGCCAUCUUCACUUCCUUAGUGGCGGGGAAAUUCUCGACAUGUGGGCUUCACAAGGACACUCACCUCCCUCUCUGCUGGGGUUUCACUUUGCCGAACAACCGAGCUAUGCCCACGAACGUUCCUUUUUCAGCAUUAGUGGCUGGAGAUUACUUUGUUUGCGGCUUGCCAUUGACCCCAUCUCUCCCUCAACAAUGCUGGGGCUCGGGGUAUCCAGUAACUCUACCCACGGGAAUUGCUCCAGGGAUGUGUAGCUCCCUACCCUGCAUGUCCGGCACGUACAGUCUCAGUGCAGAGGUUGUAAAGGCGCUUGCUGCAAGCGGAGCAACAUUGUGUCCUAAUCCUACCGAUAACCUGUGCAUCAAUUGUAGCAAGGGAUGCCCGAGCGGCAUGAUCGAAUCUGUGGAAUGCACAUCGACAGCAGAUCGCCAGUGCAGCUACGAUUGCUCACAUUGUAACCACAAUGCAACAUGCUCGGCAGCUUGUUAUAACCCUUCAAAGGCUCCACGUACGGAAUCUAUCCAGAUUCCGAUCAUAAUUGGGGAGCUUGUGACCGCCGUGGUGGUGAUAGGCGUCUUGCUCAUAGUAGCCUUCUUUUGUGUUCGGCGAAAGCUUUCGAAAGUAGCCAAAGUAGAGAAUAUGAAGGUUGGUCACUUUAAGUCAGCGGCACAGGAACAAGCUGUUAGAAAAAGUUCCUUCCGAUCGAUUCCGAAGGUGAAACCACAGGAUGCGCUCGAGAAAAAAGUCCGUGCCAAGUCUUUCACCUACAAGGAGCUUGAUGAUGCGACGAAAGGCUUUGCAGAAGAAUGUGAAAUUGGGAGGGGGAGCUUCUCCUGUGUUUACAAAGGUGAUCUCGGCGAUGGUCGCUUGGUGGCUGUCAAGCGUCCAGCAAUCCCCGCAUCUAACCAGCAAUCUUACAACCUCCAAGAUUUCAACAACGAAAUUGAUCUGCUUUCUCGUCUUAACCAUGCCCACCUGCUUAACCUAAUCGGCUAUUGUAAUGAAGGAAGCGAACGGCUGCUCGUUUACGAGUACAUGGAGAAUGGUACAUUGUUUGAACAUCUUCAUGGAUCAGAAACUGAACAGUUGAGCUGGGUGACGAGGGUGAAAAUAGCAGUGCAAGCGGCUCGUGGCCUUGAAUACUUGCACGGUUAUGCUUGUCCGCCAGUGAUCCACCGCGACAUUAAAUCUGCAAACAUUCUGCUCGACGGCGGAUACAAUGCACGGGUUGCUGACUUUGGCCUUUCUUUACUUGGUCCUUCCGACAGUAGCAGGCCCCUAAGCGAGCUUCCAGCGGGCACCCUCGGCUACUUAGAUCCCGAAUAUUACAGACUACACUACCUCACGACGAAGAGCGAUGUAUACAGCUUCGGUGUGCUCUUGAUUGAGAUUCUGACGGGAAAGAUGGCUAUUGACGAGUACGAGGAUGAAAAUCUGGUGGAGUGGGCAGUGCCACUCAUUAAGAAAGGGGAAAUAAUGUCCAUUUUAGACCCCAGAUUACAGCACCCAGCUGACCCUGAGGGGUUGCUCCGAAUUGCAAGAGUGGCUGCGAGGUGUGUACGGAUGCGAGGGAAAGAUCGCCCUUCCAUGGACAGGGUUACCACCUCUCUGGAGCGAUCCCUUGCUCUUCUUAUGGGCACACCAUCGGAUGGCCAGCUGAUUCUCCCUUCGGAGGUUGUUCUCGGCAGCAAUAGGUUGCAUCCCAAGUCCUCUCGUAGUAAAUCAUCCCACUCACACCUUUCAUCGGCAUUGACGGCAGAUAGUUCUUGGCAAGCUCUGGAAGCUGAACAUCAAUCAAUUGCUUCCUCACGAAUACAGCGGAGAUGGCCUUCUGAAUCUGAUGAAGAAGCUGUACAAGAUCACGCAAAAUUGAGCGUCGUUAUCACUACCUCUGAGACACAAACCACGACGGUCAGCCAUCUGCAAAAAGGUUCAGAGAUUGCUCCCGCUUCACCUCAGCCUGCUCGUGUAUAACUCAGGACCCCGACUUAUACUUGGAGCCUCCAAAUUUUGCAUUAUGUGUGUGGGUUGAGAUAGAAGUCACUGCAGGCAGUGCAUUUAGACAGAUUGCUGUUAAGGGGCCCAUCUCUCUUGCUGAUUUUAGCAUGAGCGUAUAUCACAUUCUUUGGAUCUGUAGCCAGAUCUUGGUGAGAGUAAUACGCUGUACAUUGAAAAUUAUGGCAAUUUUUGCGUUGAACUAUCGUAAGGAUCUACUGUAAUUAGGAAAUAUUCCAAAUUCAACCUAGCUAACUUUCUUGCA